GGAGUAUAUUAAUAUUUAUAAGGUGUAGUAUUAUAGUAGUGUAAGGAAUAACUAACUUUAAAACUAGGAGCUAAGCAUUAUGAAGGAAAUUACGUCUGAGGUUGCACUGAGAGAGCUCCUGGAGCUUAGAGUUGGCGACGUCUUAAUUGCAAGAUCAACGCACCAUGACCUUGGACUCUUAGGCCUAGGAAGUCGGAGCGAUCUACUAAGAAAGUCUGAGCAAGCCAUUGGCUGCCACGUUCUUGAAUAAUAUAAAGUGGGCGUGGGCACGUCAGGCACAUGGAUUUGACGGCCUGGAAUCCUCCUCCUAAUGUGAGUACCUACCCACCUACCUAGGCAGCUACGUAUACAGAUACCUUGCUUGCGUCGAAGCAGGCUGUGGCCCAAGAAUCAGAAGCCGAAACAGCAAUGCGGAAAACAUCGAACAGACAACGAUCCGGGCGCUUGGGCUCGCACGAAGGAAGCAUUCGCAAUGAGCCGACCGAUCGGAGCGACGGCCAGCGGGUUAGAAAGGCAAUUGUCGGAUGCUCUGAGGAAACUCGUUUCCGAGAGGCGAAACCAAAAGCGCCCUAUGAAAAAGAGGUUAUUGAUAGGAAAUUGUUGUAGUUACAAUAGGGCGGUGGUGAAGUUAGGUCCAGAAGAGUGGCCGGGUUUUUGGUGAGGCGUUGCCUUCAGGUGUAGCGUUCACUUGGGAGUACCUACCUAAGGCGAAUGCACGUAAACCCAUAUAUCCGAAAUGCACCCGACAUUUACCCCGCGGGUCCGACCAGGUGCCCCGCCCCACCUUGACAGUCUGUACUGUUUGGGCCAGUGCUUUCCAUGAGGUCAGCAGUGCUCAGGGCAGGGCAGUGUUUCAGGGGCAGGUGGGUGCCGAGUGCCGAGGGGUCAGUGCUGAAUAUAGUGGUGAAUGUUCCAAAUGAGAAGGUUUGAAGUUGCUGUGUGGCAGCCUUGAUAGGGGUUGUUUCCCCCAGGUCGGUGUCUCUGAUGUUGUCGCCUUCAGCAAAGUGCGUGUUGCUGCGUGUACGGACAAAAAGUUGAGUUUUGACGGAGGUGGUGUGGUGGAGGUUGACACGUAGCUUGCAGCUGCUGACAGCUG